AUGCCGAAUUAUCAAUUGUUAUGUAUUUUCAAAAAUUUACCUAAACCUGAAUUGAUGACGGGAAUAAAAGCAGCAGCGACUUGUAUCCUGGAUCAUAAUGGUAUCAUAAAAUCAUUCGAAAAUCUUGGCUUACGUCGACUACCCAUCCGUUUGUUUGGUAAUGAUAUGCAAACUUAUCGCGAAGGCCAUUACGUAUUCAUAAAUUUUAUUUCUGGAACAACGAAACUUUAUGAAAUGAUGGCUGCACUCAAACGCGAGAGUGAUAUUUUACGUCGAGUUAUUUCAAAUGACGAUCAAGUGAAUGAACAGCAUGUUUGUCAUUGUGAUAAAUAUGGCUACUUCGUCACGGACAUUGUUGACUAUACUAAACCAAUAACCGUUUGGAAUAAGAAGAUUACAGAUCCAUUACAACGGAGUUAUGUCACUAUCCAACUGUAUUUCAACGAAGAUUUUCAAGACGAAGAAACAAGUUUUGUUCAUCCGACCAAAUCCUCUCAUGGAGAUUCACCGGUAAUCAACGAUCGAGAAUACACAUUUGGCAAAGAUGCUCUGUACCAACCUAAUUGA